AAUAACCUUAAAAUUGUAGAUUAGAUAAAAAUAUAUUAAAAACAAAAAAAAUAAUUUGGUCAGUGCAGUCCUUAAGCAUAUCAUAAACACUGUAAAUAAAAUGACAAUUAUUUCGAAGUUUCUCCCAAGUUUACGGAAUGGAAGACCACUGCAAUUUGUACCUAUAGUUCUACAUAAAAAUAAUAUUACUAGCAGUCGAUGCUAUUCUACAGAAAAACGAGAAAGUAGUUUAGCAAAAAGCCAAGAAAGGGCCGAAGUAUCCACUGAUGUCCGACCUUUAGGAGAAAAGAUAAAGGAGACGACUAAAACGGUGUCAUAUACUGGCGUUAUAUUGCUCGGUGUUGGGGUCACCGGUAUAAUUUUUUAUUAUGUCUUCAGGGAGUUAUUUUCUAGUAACAGCGCAAACAGCAUUUAUUCGACUGCUUUAGAAAAGUGCAAACAAGAUCCUAGAGUAGAAGAUGCAUUGGGUGCUCCAAUUAAGGGUUACGGAGAAGAGACCUCAAGACGACGUCGCACACAUGUCAGUCAUGCAGUGUAUGAAAAGGAUGGAGUCAAACACAUGAGGAUGAGGUUUUAUAUCAAAGGAAUCAGGAACAAGGCAGUUGUUGAACUGGACAUGAAACAGAAUGAUUAUGGCAACUACCAGUGUCGGUAUCUAUUGGUGCAACUAGAUGACUACAGCGGCAAAACAUUCAUCAUUGAAGACAACCGUGCUGAACUCGACCGUAAAGAUUUUGCUGGCCAAUUACCUACUCUUACCCUUACUCAGUGAAUAACUCAUGUAGAUAAGUAGUGUGUACAUACCUAAUUGUUAUAGUUAUAAAUUGUUGAACAAAAAUUUUUUUUUAA